CCGCAGACAUUAGCACCGUGCGGACUACCCUGUACAGCUCCAGCUCUGCCUGUCUGGCUGCUGUUUUUGCUGACUUGAGCAGCGAGGCUCGGUUUUGGUCAUUUGUUGCGAGUUGGCUGCUGCUAGCGUUAGCUCACACCACUGUAGACUUCCAGCUAGCACACACCAGCUACUCUUAGCUAGCUAACUGACCACCUCUGUUUCUGUCAGCACAACUCCUGCUGACAACUAUCUCCCCGUCGACUGGCAGACAAUCGGUCAUUUAUGUAGAUGGCGAGUAAAAUGCCAGCCCCAAAGAGAGGAUCAUCUCCUCAUGAUCCUCAGCCCAAGAUGAGGAAGUUGGAUGACGAUGGCGAUGCUCUGCAAUCCAAAACUGCACCAGCCACUAAUAAUAAGUCCCUUAAAACAGGAAAUAUGCGGGAAAAGACAGCAGCCCCACGGACUAAGAAAAAACUGUCUGCUUUAGUGGAAGGGGAAAAUAAACCAGCCAAGUCAUCCAAACAGAGUUCUCCUCCGAAGGAUCCCAGCAAAACCAGUUCGGACCCACCUGUCAAAAAAGCCAAGCUUCUGAAAGUCACAAGUGCCUCCUGCGGAGAAGCUCCCUCACAGAAAGCUAACCCCAGAGCUUCCCUGAAGCGAACAGCCUCCACAGAGUCCGAGGAUGAGUUGAGUAGUGAUGGUAGUAAGACUGACCUCUUUAGAGAGAGGGAUGAUGGCGACAAGGCCCGCUGCAUCCGUAAAUACUCAAAUCGAGUCAAAGCUAAGCGCAAGGCUGAAGAGCCCUCAUCUGACCCACAGGAGGCGAGCCAUGGGUCAACAUCUUUACCCCCAGACCCUGUUCAGAUGGACCACAAUUAUGGUAGAUUUUCAGAUUCAUCAAGUGUUCAGAGCCUGGGUGAGGCUACUCUGGAUGAUGACGAAGAAUCUGCGCAGUCAUCCGCCGGGCAAGAGAGACAAGAAACUUCACUUAAUGCAACACAAACAGAGUCUAAGGAUACUUUAGUCUCUAAAGAUGAAAGUAAACACGAGGACUUAAAAACAUUCGAAAGUCAAAAGCUCUUAGAUAAUGAAGCACUAGCAUCACGUCAAGAAAUAUUAGGCUCCGUCACUGCAACAGCUGCACAUACGCCUUGCAUCACAUCUGCGGCAGGUGGAAAAGAAAAGCAGGACGUUACAGAGUCCAUCAAAAGCCAAAAGGAUGUAGAUAAUGAAACAAUAGCAUUUUCAGUGGAAACACUAUAUUCUAGUUCUGGAGAGGCAAAUCCAGUCUGUAAAAUUGAAGCACAGGCCGACUCAGCUCAUAGUCAGGCAGAUGUGAGCAAUGAAAUUGAAAGAAAGGAGACCACAGAGUGUGUUUCAGGGGAGAUAACGCUGGAUAUAAAAUGUAAAAGUAUGGAAGAAGAGCAUAAAGAGGAGGGAGUGAUUGAAACAGCCAGUAUCUCUGCAGGACAUAGUGUUGAAGGUACAGAAGAUAAAGCAUUGUCAGAUGAAACAAACGCACCACCAGAAGAGAUCCGGGUAGGAAUUAGUAAUCCAGAAAAUCAGACCGAGGACAUUCUAACAACAUCAGAGUCUGUUGGCAAUCCAGAGACUCAAACAGAUCUCAGUUUCAAAAUUCAAGUUACUUUCAAAGAGGAAUCAAAAGCUGAACACCUGCGAGAUCAAGUGAGCCUCGAAGUGCCAGAUACAAUUACCAGCUCAUGUGACGGUGUGAAUAAAAUAGUCAGAAAGUCUGAAGAAAAGUUUGAAGAGAGGAGAGGAGUUGAGUUCUUUUCGACACAGAGUGUUGCUUGUCCUGGGUCUUUUGCUGAGCUACAUCUGAGCCAGGAGGUGAUGGACAAGACUACUGAGCCGCUUCAUGAGCAAAAUCAAAGAGAAGUGCUCGCCAAUUUUGUCACAGUCUCAGAGGGUCAGAUUGGGUCGCAGAGUGUCAUAACACCAGAGGAGAGGUCUGACUCAGCAGCUAAAGAGGAUGUAAAAAACCCGGGGAACCAUACAGUUAGUGACCAAACUACAGAAACACCUGUUGAAGUCGAAGAAAAUUCUACAAGUGUAAAAAAGGAAAAUGAGAUGGAUUUUGAAUGUGCUUCUGCACCAAAUAAUCCAAUCAAAAUGGAUAUAGAGGCUUCAGCAACUUUAGAGCAGGAUAUUUGUGAUCCAGCUGGAACAGUGGACUUACAAAACCAAGAGAGCCAGGAAGUCCAUGAAUGUGCUACAGACAUAUCUACAGAACUGAAUGAGGACCAGGAGGUGAGCUUUGAAAGUUCUGGUGGACCUGAGAGGCAGACUACAAUGACAUUAGAGAUUUCUAAUCCUGCACCUACCGUGGAAGUGCAAAGCCAAGAGAGCCCAGACAUCAGUGAACACACCACAGACAAAUUUGAUGAAGUACAGAAACAUUCAGUUGCAAAUAGUCAGAGCACCACAGAUGAAGGCGGGGUUGAUGCUGAAUGUGUUGUUGCUGCUGAGACUCAAAGGCUGACUAUGACGAAGUCAGAGGCGAUUUCUGUUAUAGCACCUCCAGUGGAGACGCAGGUCCAGGAGAGCCAAGGAAUCACUGAAUCUGCAACAGACAUAUCUGAUGAAGUACAGAAACAUCUAGUUACAAAUUGUCAGAGCACCACAGAUGAAGGCAGCGUUGAUGCUGAACGUGUUGCUGUUGCUGAGACUCAAAGGCUGACUAUGAUGAAGUCAGAGGAGAUUUCUGUUAGAGCACCUCCAGUGGAGACACAGGUCCAGGUGAGCCAAGGAGUCACUGAAUCUGCAACAGACAUAUCUGAUGAAGUACAGAAAUAUCCAGUUGCAAAUUGUCAGAGCACCACAGAUGAAGGCAGCGUUGAUGCUGAACGUGUUGCUGCUGCUGAGACUCAAAGGCUGACUAUGACGACGUCGGAGGAGAUUUCUGUUAUAGCACCUCCAGUGGAAACACAGGUCCAGGAGAGCCAAGGAAUCACUGAUUCUGCAACAGACAUAUCUGAAGAAGUCCAACAAGGUCUAAUGAUCCCAACUCUUGAGAGUAAUGGAAAUGAAAACAAGUUAAUUGACAGAGAAUGUGUCAGUGCAACUGAGAAUCAAAGAGAAGUGGAUUUUCAGACAACAGCAACACCAGAGGAGACCUGUGAUCCAACAACUACAGUGGAAACACAAAACCAGAGAGAUCAGGAGGUCAAUGAACUCACUGCAGACAUUGAAGUACAUAAAGAUGUUAUCACUGCCAAUAGCAAGAGUGAAGAAAUUGAGGACAUGGUUAUCACAGAAUAUGUGGAUGCUAGUGAGAAUCAAAGAGAAAUGGAUUUGCAGACAACAGCAACACCAGAGGAGACCUGUGAUCCAACAACUACAGUGGAAACACAAAACCAGAGAGAUCAGGAGGUCAAUGAACUCACUGCAGACAUUGAAGUACAUAAAGAUGUUAUCACUGCCAAUAGCAAGAGUGAAGAAAUUGAGGACAUGGUUAUCACAGAAUAUGUGGAUGCUAGUGAGAAUCAAAGAGAAAUGGAUUUGCAGACAACAGCAACACCAGAGGAGACCUGUGAUCCAACAACUACAGUGGAAACACAAAACCAGAGAGAUCAGGAGGUCAAUGAACUCACUGCAGACAUUGAAGUACAUAAAGAUGUUAUCACUGCCAAUAGCAAGAGUGAAGAAAUUGAGGACAUGGUUAUCACAGAAUAUGUGGAUGCUAGUGAGAAUCAAAGAGAAAUGGAUUUGCAGACAACAGCAACACCAGAGGAGACCUGUGAUCCAACAACUACAGUGGAAACACAAAACCAGAGAGAUCAGGAGGUCAAUGAACUCACUGCAGACAUUGAAGUACAUAAAGAUGUUAUCACUGCCAAUAGCAAGAGUGAAGAAAUUGAGGACAUGGUUAUCACAGAAUAUGUGGAUGCUAGUGAGAAUCAAAGAGAAAUGGAUUUGCAGACAACAGCAACACCAGAGGAGACCUGUGAUCCAACAACUACAGUGGAAACACAAAACCAGAGAGAUCAGGAGGUCAAUGAACUCACUGCAGACAUUGAAGUACAUAAAGAUGUUAUCACUGCCAAUAGCAAGAGUGAAGAAAUUGAGGACAUGGUUAUCACAGAAUAUGUGGAUGCUAGUGAGAAUCAAAGAGAAAUGGAUUUGCAGACAACAGCAACACCAGAGGAGACCUGUGAUCCAACAACUACAGUGGAAACACAAAACCAGAGAGAUCAGGAGGUCAAUGAACUCACUGCAGACAUUGAAGUACAUAAAGAUGUUAUCACUGCCAAUAGCAAGAGUGAAGAAAUUGAGGACAUGGUUAUCACAGAAUAUGUGGAUGCUAGUGAGAAUCAAAGAGAAAUGGAUUUGCAGACAACAGCAACACCAGAGGAGACCUGUGAUCCAACAACUACAGUGGAAACACAAAACCAGAGAGAUCAGGAGGUCAAUGAACUCACUGCAGACAUUGAAGUACAUAAAGAUGUUAUCACUGCCAAUAGCAAGAGUGAAGAAAUUGAGGACAUGGUUAUCACAGAAUAUGUGGAUGCUAGUGAGAAUCAAAGAGAAAUGGAUUUGCAGACAACAGCAACACCAGAGGAGACCUGUGAUCCAACAACUACAGUGGAAACACAAAACCAGAGAGAUCAGGAGGUCAAUGAACUCACUGCAGACAUUGAAGUACAUAAAGAUGUUAUCACUGCCAAUAGCAAGAGUGAAGAAAUUGAGGACAUGGUUAUCACAGAAUAUGUGGAUGCUAGUGAGAAUCAAAGAGAAAUGGAUUUGCAGACAACAGCAACACCAGAGGAGACCUGUGAUCCAACAACUACAGUGGAAACACAAAACCAGAGAGAUCAGGAGGUCAAUGAACUCACUGCAGACAUUGAAGUACAUAAAGAUGUUAUCACUGCCAAUAGCAAGAGUGAAGAAAACGAGGACAUGGUUAUCGCAGAAUAUGUGGAUGCUAGUGAGAAUCAAAGAGAAAUGGAUUUGCAGACAACAGCAACACCAGAGGAGAUUUCAGAUCCACCAACUGCAGUGGAAACACAAAGCCAAGGAAGCCAGGAGGUCGGUGAACUCAACACAGAAGUUCAAAACGAUCUAGUGACUGCAAGUUGUGUGAGUAAGGAGAACGAGGACAAGGUUACUGCCAAAUGUGCUGAUGUUCCAGAGGUUCGAAUAAAUAUGGAAACUGAAACUACGCCAGAGGAGAUUUCUAAUCCAGAACCUACAGCAGAGCAGCAAAACCAGGUGGUGGGGGAAGUUGAUGAACCAAUUAUGGCCUUAUCAAAUGAGAUUCACAAACCUCUUCCUAUGGCUAAUACUGAAAGUAAGGAUAAUGAAAACAUGCAGACAGAGCCUAGUGCGGAGGAUCACCUAGCAGAUAUGGAUGUUGUAAGUGAAUCAAUGGAAAGGGUAGAUUCUGUGAUAGCAGAGGAAACCUCGAGGCAAGUGAUUAAUGAGGUUAAAGAAGAGGCUGCAAUCAUUUCUUCUGAUAAGGCUGACAAAACAGUCAGUAAUAUUGAUGGACACGGAGAAGGAACUGGAAGCAAUGAAGUAAUAGUUUUUGUUUGUGGCCAACCAGAUGACCUAGAUAUUGUAAUUCAGGCAUCAGAAGAACAGAUCAACACGGUUAUUCAGUCAGAGGUCGAGAUUCAUGAAAACCAGGUUGUGUAUGAGCCCAUUAGUAGUCCAGAGAGCAAUGACGACAGAGAAAUUUCUGCAGCAGCAGAGAAUCACAACGGUGUGUCUUUACUGGACAUAGAGAGCACAGAGACCCAGCAGAUGGCAGGAGACUCAAACACUAAUGAUGAAAAGAGUGAAAUUUUUAACCAACGACUGGAAAAUGAGGAAAGCAUCAAGCAACAAAUUUGUGCCUCAGAUAACCAGGAAGUUGAAACAAUCAGUGUGCCAGAAACUAGUGUCUCUGCACAGUUGGAGCGCAGUAACAUGAGUGUGGAUGUGAGACAAGUUGCAGUGAUCAGCUCUAGCGAUGACAUCGGCAUGCCAGAUGGCCAGUCAGAAGAUGCCACAGAGAAAAGUGAAAGUAAUGGGUAUCCAGACUGCAUCAGUGCCGUGGAGUUUUCGGAACAGGUGCAGGAGGACGCCGGAGUUCAGGAGGUUGCAGACGUUGUGGUGACGACGACUACAGCCCACACUGAAGUUGAAAUACCAGAUAGUACAUCUCAGGAGUUUGUGAUCUUGGAACCAGUCCCCCACAGUGAAUUUCACUUUGAUAUCGUCACUCAAGCAGCCGCCGAAUCGGGGUUGUCGGUCUCGCUUUCGGAGCACGUGAAUCCCGACAGCGCUUUGGUAGGUGAGCUUGAACAUGACAGGAUUUUAAAUGGUUCCCAACAAACUGUUUUCCCUGAGGCAGAAGUGCAGCUAUGUCAAACAACUGGCGAGGACAAAGACGCUACAGUGACCAAUUCAAGUGAGGUAUUACAUCUGGAGGCCAGACUUGGGACAGGAAUUUCAACUGAGGAAGGCGUUGAAGAUACUCAAAAUGUUGUUCCUUGCCAGCAAGCAUCAGCUGACAUGAUGGACAUUAAUACCUCAGAGACUGAGGUUGCAGACUCUCAUGCUCAAGUCACAAAUGAAGACUGUGAUGCACUGGUGAUAGAGAAUGCUGAGGGUAACUUGGACCUACAAGAAGUGCAAAUUCUAGAGGAUAUAGAGAUCGGUCGUGAGAUUGUAGUAGCAGAGGAAGAGAACGAGGAAGAUGGUGACAUUACCAUAAUAGGAAAACCCCAGGAAACACCUGAGGCAGUGCCUCCUGAAAAGUCUGAGGAAAAGGUUAAUUAUGUAAAUAAAGAUGACACUUGUGGGACCAGCUUGAAGCAAAGCAGCGCAACUGAAACGACUGGAGAUGAUAAAAAGGAACAGGAGGCGGGAAAACCCAAGAAACAAGAAAUGAACACCCAGGCCAGAACCAAAGCCCGUCUGGCAGCUUUGGCUGAGCAAAAGGCGGCAGCAGCUAAGAGAACGGCGAACAGACAGCAGCUAAACCUCUUAGCCCUCUGUCAGGAAAUUGCAGAGGACAUCGCUACAGACAGCAUGCUGUUGAAGAGGAUAGAGGAAGAAAAACAAGCAGCAGCAGCUGUGGCGGCGGCAGCGGCAGCAGCGGCAGCCAAGGAUGAAGCCAGCAAGAAAGAAAAUCCACCUGUUGACACGCAGGAUGCAGACACUGUUAAUGUUGCGACUCCUGCUGGACCAGAAGGGUGCUCUGCUUUGGCGACCCCUGCUGAAGAGGCAUCUGCUGCCCAGCCCUCGACAACUGCUUCAGCUGAGGCAAAGCCUGCUGCAGAGCCCCAGAAGAGGCGUUUCUUCAUCACGCAGGUUUCAGUGCCACUGAAAGCCCACGAGAAAAAGAAGCUAACAAGAUAUCAAAGACUAAGACAGGUUGAACUGCAGAGAGAGAAAAUGUCUUGGGCACGUGUAAAGAAACUCAAGUCUGACCAGGCAAAUCAGAUGUUUUCUGACAUAGAUUGGCAAGUACCCCUGUCUGUAUCCUCUCCAUUUUCAGUGAGUCCUGUGACCACAGCUCCUCCACCUGCAGCCAGUCCACCUAAAACACCCCUUCCAAGUCCUGCCUCAACUAGCAAGCCUGCAACACCCAAAGCAGAAGUUCCCAAGAUUGACACUCCGACAGCCGAACCCCCUCAGACUGAACCCGCUAAAAAAGAAACCUCCAAAACUGAACCCAGCACACCUGAACCUGCCAAAACUGAAGCCUCACAAACUGUGCCUCCUCGUACUGAAACCCGUAAGUCUACAAGGCUAAGUAAGGCUCAGACACCCAAAGCAACACCUACUCCAGGGCCCGCCCCAAAAGUGACCAGAUCAGCAGCCAAGAGGACCCUCCCGGCAGUGCCCCCUCCCAUGCCCAACGGACUCAAUGCUCAGAAACCAAAGCCUGUCGAGUACAAGCCAUACAGACCGAGGCCCAAGUAUUCCUUUGAUGACUUUGAACUAGAUGAUGACCCAUUACCAGUAGCUCCAACAAAGCCUGGCCUUCAGUCAAGGCCCACACAGCCAACACGACCUAAUGUCCAGUCAAACCCCACAGCUCAAUCUAAGCCUACAGUUCAGUCAAAACUCCCAAUUUCAUCACAAAUGGCGAACCAGGGCAAACCCAAAGCUCAGACCGCACCUGGUGGACAGAUCUCAGGUCAGUCAAAGCCCACUGUUGCAACAACACCCCAGUCAAAGGCCGCAGUGACUGGCACAGCUUCUCCAAAAGCUCUUCCUUCUGCUCAAGCUCAGUCAAAGUCUCCCGUUUUGACCACACCUCAGUCAAAAGCUGUUUCAGCUCCCGGUCAGUCCAAGCCUGCAGCGUGUGCUUCUCCUCAGUUAAAGCCUACUGGUAGUGGAAGUACAGCUCAGCUCAAGCAGUCGGCUUCAAAAGCAUCUCAGCCAGCCAGUUCAACCACAUCUGAGACAAAGCCUGCUGCACCCAUUGCUGAAGUCAGUUCAGUGUCUCAGAAAACCCACCAAAAUCCACCGUCAUCAGAAGAUAGCAAGUGCAGGGUUACAGCUGACCCACUUUCAUCAGCUCCCACCACCUCCCUUCCCUCUGAAGAGAGCUCGACAGUGUCUGAUGGCACACAGCCUUGUGAAGAAAAGCCUGCACCCACUUGUGUCGAUCCCUCUUCAGAGAAUAAGACAGAAACCAAUAAGGCAGCCGAGAAGACAUCAGAAAAAACUUGUCAAGACACUGCAGAAAAGUCACAAGAUGGCGGGACUCCUCUCUCUGAUGCUUGUCUGCAAAAAGAGGUCAAGAAACUAAAGGAGGCUGACAAAGAUGGCACCCAAACCAUUAUUGAUGCAGGACAGAAGCAUUUUGGUGCUGUGGCCUGCAGCGUGUGUGGGAUGCUCUACUCCGCUGCCAAUCCUGAAGAUGAAUCUCAACAUUUACUCUUCCACAACCAGUUCAUCAGCGCUGUCAAAUAUGUGGGAUGGAAAAAAGAGAGGAUUCUGGGAGAGUAUCCUGAUGGCAAGAUCAUACUUGUGCUGCCAGAUGACCCCAAAUAUGCUCUGAAGAAGGUUGAGGAGAUCAGAGAGAUGGUGGACAAUGACCUCGGCUUCCAGCAGGUGGAGACCAAGUGUCCCUCUCAGACCAAGACCUUCCUCUUCAUCUCCAAUGACAAGAAAGUGGGUGGAUGCCUUAUUGCAGAGCACAUACAAGAGGGGUACAGGGUGAUUGAGGAGCCCGUGCCGGAGGGUUCGGAGGGAGAGAAGGUGAUGUUUGAACGUCAGAGAGCUUGGUGCUGCUCCACGACGCCAGAGCCGGCCAUCUGUGGCAUCAGUCGCAUCUGGGUCGUCGGCAUGAUGAGACGCCAGGGCAUCGCCUCACGCUUGCUCGAGUGCCUCAGGAACAACUUUGUAUACGGUUCAUACCUGAGCAAAGAUGAGAUCGCCUUUUCCGACCCUACCCCCGAUGGAAAACUCUUUGCCACACAUUAUUUUGGCACUUCUCAGUUUUUGGUUUAUAACUUUGUGAGUGGAACACGCUCGUCCCGGCCCAAAACUGACGCAGUAUGAGGAUCUUCAGGAAGUUUAACAGUGGAUUUAACUUAGACGCUCACUGACCAGCGGGAGGCAACAACACUAAACGGUGUCUGACGCAGUGUUCGCAUAACGAUUCAAAAAAACAAAAACUUUAAAUUACUCCUUGGAGAGGAUACACAUUGGUUUAAAUCUCAGGAUGAAAACAGCAAAAUGUUGUUAAAAAAUUUUAUUAAUUUACCCUUUAAACCCUCCCCGAAUAGUAUUUUGGAAAAAAAAAAAAGAGUAUUUUCUUUAUAAUUUUUUAAGUAAACAAUUGGUUUUGUUAGAAGAAUCGAGUUCACAUGCAUGACCUGACAGCAAUAGAAAACAAAGAGCAUUUCAUUGUUUUUCUUUUAGUCCCUGAGAAGCAUAAGGUCGACUGACUCCAUAAAAUAAAACGCUUAUUUUAGAGUUUUGUCCUCAUUCUGUUUUAAUGUUUUUGUUAAUAACAUGAUGAUUUUUUCAUGUUCAUCUUUUUGCGGUUGACAGCGAUGCUGUCAUCGUCUGAAGUUGCCUUUAAGCAACAUUAAUAAAGUGACAGCUGCACGACUUGUAGUGAUCGGUAAAGGUUGAAGUUCAGUCCCCUUGAUUUCACUGUCGUGUUUUGUGGUAACAUUUCAAACCAGGUGAUUUAAUCUGAUGGACUCAUUUCAUGAAUCUGGUUGAAGGGACGUGGGUUAGAAAUGUAGCUCGGGCAUUCAUUGUGUGCUCUAAUUUUCUUAGAUCACCUUGCCUGAAACGUUUAGUUUUCCAAGUCUGAGCCAUAUACUGUACACCAUUUAGCAGGGCAUUGUAGCCUAUACUGUAUGAGUGAUGUCUAUUAAUUUCACUAAGGCUGUCUAUUGCUUUGUUUGUGCCUGAAUGAAUAAUGUGUGACUUAAGAUGUUGAUUUGUUUUUUUUGUUUUUCUUAGCCAUACAUUAUGGCUUUUUAUUCAGUUAGUGUAGAGCAUCAUCUUCCUAUUCCUUAGUUACAACAAAUUAAAAUGUAUAUCCAACGAUCACGUAGAUUUAUGCAUACUAUAACAAUUUAUAAUGAAAGAUGAGCAAGGUCUUAAGGCUUAGGUGUUAACUGGUAUUUGAGUGAUGGUAAAUGUCAUCUGGGUUCAGCCUUGAUGAAUCCAAACAGGACUAUUUGUUCAGUGAUAAACACGAGGGUUGGAGCUGAAUCUCUGCCUCUCUCAACACAGAUUUACAGUAUCAUUGUAAUCCAUCCCUUAUUUUCUUCUUCCUUCUUGUUCAACAGUUGCUUUUAGAAAGAUGUGUCGUGUAAGAAAAAGAACUUUGAUUUAUACGAAGCUGUUAUGUAAAUAUUUAUUUAAAUAAUAAACAAUGUAAAACAUU